UCGCCCGCUCUGCUCGGCCCCGUCGUCUCCCUCUUCUAGUCCUCGUCGUGCCCUCCUCCUCUCUCCCCGCCCUCCCCUCUCCCCCUCACCCCCGCCCCCGACGCCCGCCAGCCCCGCCAGCCACAGCCAAGCAGCCCCCGGCAGAUCCCGGCAUGACGCGCCGCUUCGAGAGGUCCGUAUCAAUCGCAGCGUCGCUCGUCGGCGCUGGCCUCAACUUUGUGCUCGCGGUCCGCCUCCUCGCCCUAUGGCGCUCGCUCGGAUGGGAGUCGGAGUCAGAGUGGGAGGGCUCGGGAGACGUGUGGAGGGUGGAUAGCGUCAAGAUUGUGUGGGGAUUGUUGUCGACCUACUUUGCCGCAGCGUCGCUGGCAUGUUUUGUCGGCUUCCUAGGUCUCGCGAAGACCAUCCCCUCCUUUGUCCGCUUCUACCGCGACUACUCCAUCGCCGACUUCGCUUCAUCACCUUAUACUUCGUACAGCACCCCGUACGUCCGGACAGGUGUCUGCGAGGAGCUCUCGCGGCAUCCUGAUCUCAUGCGUGACAUGGUCGAAAUGGGCCUCAACGUGGAGAAUUGCGAGCUGUGGUUCGACCGCGCCGUCGUCGGGAUGAUUGGCAUCAUGUUCAUUCUCAUCGUCAUCCGCCUCCAUACGCUCAUCGCGCUCUCAAAGCAUUACCGAUACAUGUGGCGUGAUGCCCCUGCGUCAGCUCAACACGACUCCUUGCACCGCAUCUAUCUCCUCCCGACGCCCACAUCGCCCCAGUCGUCUGCGAUUGCGUUCAAUCACUAUGACACAUCCUCACAUUCCCGCUCCGGCUCGGGAAAUAUCGUCGUUUAUGCGCCGAUCCCGGUCGGCGGCAUGUCUGACUCGGGCUCGUCAUCGCCGCGCUCGCAUAGACACAGCCGCUCCGCGUCCCUCCACGGGCACCGCCAUCACAACUCGAUUCCGCGCUCGGCAGGAGUGCGCAAGGACAGCGGCUUUUCUGCAGUAGACGAGAAGUCAGAGACAGGGCCGCUCCUCUGAGCGAGCAACUGCCCAAUUAACGACUUGUGACAUAAUUCUACUGUAGCUGUAUUCCCCCGUUAUCCUACCUCCUCGGCCACCCCUGCCUCAUCAUGGACGCAAAUCCUUGGUGUCGCUCCGGUAUCGCAAUCUCAUGUGGCGCUCAUCCCUCGCCUGACUGGUUCGCAGUAUUUAUGCCUUCCUGUCUUGCAAGUGCCUCCCACUGCCCUCUCCCGACCGCGUUCCUUCCCGCUUCGUCUCUUGUACGUUCUUCCUCUCCUGACUGGGUCUCUGGCUCGGUGGCUUGCACACGCAGGGCGCCUGGGCCAGAGUGUGCGUGUGCCUUCUACCGGUAUAUAGUCUAGGUGUACGAAUACGAAUACGAUUACAUUCUUCGUACGACGUACGUAUACGUUCGGAUACGGUUACCUGCUGAGUACAAUAUCAAGGUAGAGUACUGGUGGAUAUACUGUGUAUCUAAGCCUUCGUGGCUCCUAGGGAUUCGUCCA